CACAUCUCACGUUCCUCACUUGACUUCUCUCUCUAUCUCCCCGUUGCCCUCGCCCAUUCCCAAAGUCUCUUCUCUCUCCUCAAAUUUUUUAUUAAUUAAUCGCACAAUUCUAUGUUCGCUCUCGUUUUCUGUUAAGCCAUUGGCUCUAUAAAUUCGAUGGAGACUCUCCUUUGUCAACCUUCUUUCCUUUCCCAUUUCCUUCCUCUCCAACCAAACACCUUCCCUUUCCCCCCUAAUUUUCCAUUCCAUUUUUCCCACCUGCAACUAAGCAGCUGCUGACUUCUUCACUCAAACUUAAAAGGUUUUACGUCGUCGUUUUAAACCGAGCGGAAAAUGAAUCACUGUGGGAUACAGCAAGGCAAUGCGCUCUCUGCUUGCGAAGACAUGAGGUCUUGCUCCAGGGACUCCGUCGUCUGCCCCAAACCUCGCCGCCUCGGCCUCCUCAACGAUCCCGUCAGAUCUUUCCGAUGGCAUUUCGGCCACCAGGCGGAGUUCUGUGAUUCAAAUGCCGGGUCUGAUAUUUUAGACAACAUUCUCACUAAGGGAUCCUUUGGUGUUGAACAAUUUUCGUGUACAGAAAUGGCCUCGCAGCACCCAUUUUAUUGCGGGUCGCCACCGAGCAGAGUAGCUAACCCAUUAAUUCAGGACGCUCGAUUUGGGGAUGAGGAGCUCAUCUCGUCCUCAUCACUGUCGCCAAUACCUGCCCUGUCCGGUCAAUCAUCAUCUCCUUCCUCGUCCACGAGGAAAGGAGGCUGUGUAAGGACCAAUUUUGGGAGCAAACCGGCAGUGAGGGUCGAGGGGUUUGAUUGCCUGGACACGGAUCGAAGGAACUGCAGCAUCUCUACCCUGGCAUAAAGAGCCCGAUUUUUAUCAACGAAGGUACAUAGGAGAACAUUAAGCUAAAGUUUUCUACACUUG